AUGUCUGUUAUAUCUACUUCUCUUUCGGGUAUUGCUUUCUUAAGUGCCACAUCUAGUAUGUCUCAGGUGGAUCAUGAGAAUACCAAUGAUUAUGAUCAAGAAGUCAUGUUAAAUGAUUUACCAGAUGAAAAUAACCAGCAAGUAGAAAAUGAAGCAGAAUCAAGCCAUGAUGAUGAAAGUACUAGACCAAUUAUUAUGAAAAGACGCAUAUUUAAGAAUCGUGGUAGUCGAUUUAUUAAUGAUGAUGGUCAAUAUACUAUGCGCGAAGAACCUAAAGGGCGACGAGAAGUUAUAAGUGGUGAAGAUAUGGAAGUCAUAGAAGAGGAUAAAUUUUCUCACAUGGUAAACUCUGGAUCAUAUGCAAAAAAACCUCGGAGGAAUGAAAGAUGGACAACAGAAGAGACUGAACUAUUUUACAAAUCAUUGUCACAAUGGGGAACUGAUUUUGAGAUAAUCGCGGCAAAGUCGUUCCUUAACACGAAGACACGUGAUCAGAUAAAGAACAAGUACAAAAAGGAAAGAAAAAAUAACCCUGAACGCGUUAAUAACGCAUUAGAUACUCGCAUUCCAGUUGCAAUUGAAGAAUUGAACUUAAGGGUUAUUGAAGAGACGGAAGAACCAGCACCCGAUGUUGCAAUAUAUGAAGAACUUCCGGAAGAUACUUAUCCAAUAAUUGAAGACGAUGAUUCAAAUUAG